GGGCGGGGUGGGGGCUCAGCCCCUCUGAGCCUGUGAGUCAGCACUGUCCUCACGAUUGGUCUCUCCCCUUAGCUCCCCGCCCCUGGGGAGGAGCCAGAAGCGCUGGGUCCAGCCUGUUCUCUUCUCAGCCAGAGAAGAGGCUCCACGUUGGGCGGGGAUGGGGCCUGAAACUGUCUGGGUCUGAGCUGGGGAGCGGAAGCCACUUGUCCCUCUCCCUCCCCAGGACUUCUGUGACUCCUGGGCCACAGAGGUCCAACCAGGCUAAGGGCCUGGGGAUACCCCCUGCCUGGCCCCCUUGCCCAAACUGGCAGGGGGGCCAGGCUGGGCAGCAGCCCCUCUUUCACCUCAACUAUGGAUCUCCUGCCCCCCAAGCCCAAGUACAAUCCACUCCGGAAUGAGUCUCUGUCAUCGCUGGAGGAAGGGGCUUCUGGGUCCACCCCCCCGGAGGAGCUGCCUUCCCCAUCAGCUUCAUCCCUGGGGCCCAUCCUGCCUCCUCUGCCUGGGGACGAUAGUCCCACUACCCUGUGCUCCUUCUUCCCUCGGAUGAGCAACCUGAGGCUGGCCAACCCGGCUGGGGGGCGCCCAGGGUCUAAGGGGGAGCCAGGAAGGGCAGCUGAUGAUGGGGAGGGGAUCGUAGGGGCAGCCAUGCCAGACUCAGGCCCCCUACCCCUCCUCCAGGACAUGAACAAGCUGAGUGGAGGCGGCGGGCGCAGGACUCGGGUGGAAGGGGGCCAGCUUGGGGGCGAGGAGUGGACCCGCCACGGGAGCUUUGUCAAUAAGCCCACGCGGGGCUGGCUGCAUCCCAACGACAAAGUCAUGGGACCCGGGGUUUCCUACUUGGUUCGGUACAUGGGCUGUGUGGAGGUCCUCCAGUCAAUGCGUGCCCUGGACUUCAACACCCGGACUCAGGUCACCAGGGAGGCCAUCAGUCUGGUGUGUGAGGCUGUGCCAGGUGCUAAGGGGGCGACAAGGAGGAGAAAGCCCUGUAGCCGCCCGCUCAGCUCUAUCCUGGGGAGGAGUAACCUGAAAUUUGCUGGAAUGCCAAUCACUCUCACCGUCUCCACCAGCAGCCUCAACCUCAUGGCCGCAGACUGCAAACAGAUCAUCGCCAACCACCACAUGCAAUCUAUCUCAUUUGCAUCCGGCGGGGAUCCGGACACAGCCGAGUAUGUCGCCUAUGUUGCCAAAGACCCUGUGAAUCAGAGAGCCUGCCACAUUCUGGAGUGUCCCGAAGGGCUUGCCCAGGAUGUCAUCAGCACCAUUGGCCAGGCCUUCGAGUUGCGCUUCAAACAAUACCUCAGGAACCCACCCAAACUGGUCACCCCUCAUGACAGGAUGGCUGGCUUUGAUGGCUCAGCAUGGGAUGAGGAGGAGGAAGAGCCACCUGACCAUCAGUACUAUAAUGACUUCCCGGGGAAGGAACCCCCCUUGGGGGGGGUGGUAGACAUGAGGCUUCGGGAAGGAGCCGCUCCAGGGGCUGCUCGACCCACUGCACCCAAUGCCCAGACCCCCAGCCACUUGGGAGCUACACUGCCUGUAGGACAGCCUGUUGGGGGAGAUCCAGAAGUCCGCAAACAGAUGCCACCUCCACCACCCUGUCCAGGCAGAGAGCUUUUUGAUGAUCCCUCCUAUGUCAACGUCCAGAACCUAGACAAGGCCCGGCAAGCAGUGGGUGGUGCUGGGCCCCCCAAUCCUGCUGUCAAUGGCAGUGUACCCCGGGACCUGUUUGACAUGAAGCCCUUCGAAGAUGCUCUUCGGGUGCCUCCACCUCCCCAGUCGGUGUCCAUGGCUGAGCAGCUCCGAGGGGAGCCCUGGUUCCAUGGGAAGCUGAGCCGGCGGGAGGCUGAGGCACUGCUGCAGCUCAAUGGGGACUUCCUGGUGCGGGAGAGCACGACCACACCUGGCCAGUAUGUGCUCACUGGCUUGCAGAGUGGGCAGCCUAAGCAUUUGCUACUGGUGGACCCUGAGGGUGUGGUUCGGACUAAGGAUCACCGCUUUGAAAGUGUCAGUCACCUUAUCAGCUACCACAUGGACAAUCACUUGCCCAUCAUCUCUGCGGGCAGCGAACUGUGUCUACAGCAACCUGUGGAGCGGAAACUGUGAUCUGCCCUAGCGCUCUCUUCCAGAAGAUGCCCUCCAAUCCUUUCCACCCUAUUCCCUAACUCUCGGGACCUCGUUUGGGAGUGUUCUGUGGGCUUGGCCUUGUGUCAGAGCUGGGAGUAGCAUGGACUCUGGGUUUCAUAUCCAGCUGAGUGAGAGGGUUUGAGUCAGAAGCCUGGGUGAGAAUCCUGCCUCUCCCCAAACAUUAAUCACCAAAGUAUUAAUGUACAGAGUGGCCCCUCACCUGGGCCUUUCCUGUGCCAACCUGAUGCCCCUUCCCCAAGAAGGUGAGUGCUUGUCAUGGAAAAUGUCCUGUGGUGACAGGCCCAGUGGAACAGUCACCCUUCUGGGCAAGGGGGAACAAAUCACACCUCUGGGCUUCAGGGUAUCCCAGACCCCUCUCAACACUCCCCCCCACGUUUAAACUUUGUGCCUUUGACCAUCUCUUAGGUCUAAUGAUAUUUUAUGCAAACAGUUCUUGGACCCCUGAAUUCAAUGACAGGGAUGCCAACACCUUCUUGGCUUCUGGGACCUGUGUUCUUGCUGAGCACCCUCUCCGGUUUGGGUUGGGAUAACAGAGGCAGGAGUGGCAGCUGUCCCCUCUCCCUGGGGAUAUGCAACCCUUAGAGAUUGCCCCAGAGCCCCCCUCCCGGCCAGGGGGGAGAUGGACCCCUCCCUUGCUCAGUGCCUCCUGGCCGGGGCCCCUCACCCCAAGGGGUCUGUAUAUACAUUUCAUAAGGCCUGCCCUCCCAUGUUGCAUGCCUAUGUACUCUAUGCCAAAGUGCAGCCCUUCCUCCUGAAGCCUCUGCCCUGCCUCCCUUUCUGGGAGGGCGGGGUGGGGGUGACUGAAUUUGGGCCUCUUGUACAGUUAACUCUCCCAGGUGGAUUUUGUGGAGGUGAGAAAAGGGGCAUUGAGACUAUAAAGCAGUAGACAAUCCCCAGAUACCAUCUGUAGAGUUGGAACUGCAUUCUUUUAAAGUUUUAUAUGCAUAUAUUUUAGGGCUGUAGACUUACUUUCCUAUUUUGUUUUCCAUUGCUUAUUCUUGAGCACAAAAUGAUAAUCAAUUAUUACAUUUAUACAUCACCUUUUUGACUUUUCCAAGCCCUUUUACAGCUCUUGGCAUUUUCCUCGCCUAGGCCUGUGAGGUAACUGGGAUCGCACCUUUUAUACCAGAGACCUGAGGCAGAUGAAAUUUAUUUCCAUCUAGGACUAGAAAAACUUGGGUCUCUUACCGCGAGACUGAGAGGCAGAAGUCAGCCCGAAUGCCUGUCAGUUUCAUGGAGGGGAAACGCAAAACCUGCAGUUCCUGAGUACCUUCUACAGGCCCGGCCCAGCCUAGGCCCGGGGUGGCCACACCACAGCAAGCCGGCCCCCAUCUUUUGGCCUUGUGGAUAAGGGAGAGUUGACCGUUUUCAUCCUGGCCUCCUUUUGCUGUUGUUUGGAUGUUUCCACGGGUCUCACUUAUACCAAAGGGAAAACUCUUCAUUAAAGUCCGUAUUUCUUCUA